AUGCACCGCGGAACAACUCCCUCAUCGAGAGCCCGGUGGCAAUAUGGCGAUGAAGGUCAAGUCGUUUCACCUGAUAACUUGCCGGGUUACGAGGGGUUUCAAACCGGAGGAUCCAUUUGGGUACAUAGAUCUAUCGCUCAACCUAAUUUGAGGGCUCUGACUGCUAGUCUUCUCGGACGUUCAGAAUGUGCCAAAAAGGUAGACGACGCCACGGCUUCGCCACUGAUUCAGCUGUAUGGCACGGUUCCAGGCAAAUUGAAAUUCUAUUGUACCUUGCCAGCAAGCAGACAGACCCGGUUCUUGGAAGAAAUCGAAAUCGGCCACGCUGAAAUGCCGAGUGAAGCGCGUUACCCCUUGGCUACGCACAAAAUCGCUCCAUUCUCGUCACAAGUCAAACCGGUCUUAGGUCUGAUCACAUAUUAUGAAAGAGGCACGUACCCUCUACCCAAAGAGUUUCGGAGCGCUCAGUUGCAGGAGCGCUACACUAGAAUCGCUGCACUUGGAGGCGAUCACGUGAUCUCAACCGUUUCGGCCUUGAUCUUUGAUUUGGCUCUCACUGAAGCGACCGAUCUUUGGGCCGACUAUAUCGGCGGCAUGGUGUAUGUACCCUCUAUCCGAAUAUUGCAGUCUCAUGGCGGUGGAUUGCGAUGGGUGGAUUUCGAAAUUUCAGUGAACCCCUUUAUUCGCCCGAGUGGUUAA